UUGUUUUCUGCAUUUGAUGGGAUUCGUUGUAUAUUUUUCAGUAUUAUUUUAUACCUAUUUGGAUAAACAUGUAUUUUAAAUUAACUAAAUUAUUUGUGGUAAAAUGUUGAAAAUCAAUACGUAGUAGUGUAAAACGGCGUAACUACAAUAUAUACUUAAUUUAGUUAGUGUGUUUCACACAAAAGGCAGUAGUGAAAUCAUAUUUCAUAACAAAUUUAAGUCGCGAUUAGAAUCACGUACCCUAUUAGCCAGUGGUUAAAUCGUAUAAACUCGGCAGCGGUUUGGUGGAAGGACGCUGAUCAAAAUCAUAACAAAGUCAAGUGUUGUUUGAGACUUGAGACAUGUCGUCCGUGGAGGCUGCCGCGUUGCCAGCGCUGAACCUAGUCGGAAAGCUGGCGCAGUCAUUUGGUGUGAAUGAGGCUGCACUGCGCUUGUUGCUCUCAAUUUUUGCCGGCUAUGCAUUUGCUAUAAUAUAUCGCAAAUAUGUCACAUUUCAGCACAAUAAACAACUGCAUCACCUGUAUUUCGUCAUUUGCGGUUUGCUGAUUUGUCUCUUCAAUUUUGGCGUUGACACAUAUCAUUCACUCAUUGCAAUCACCACAACUUAUGUACUGGCGCGUUUACUACGUGGCAGCCCACGUGAAUUCAAAAUUCUCAAUUUCGUUUUCCAUAUGUCAUAUUUGCUUGUUGGCUACUAUUACACGGAAAGUGAUGAAUAUGAUAUACUUUGGACAAUGCCGCAUUGUGUGUUGGUGCUGCGUUUAAUCGGUUUCGGUUUUGAUUUGGCAGAUGGUCUGAAAGAGCAAGACAAACUUUCAAAAGAACAAAAGGAGAGUGCGCUUGCAGAGCUACCCUCACCACUUGAGCUCUUUGCAUUCGCUUAUCUACCUUGUUCGUUUCUAAUUGGACCACAAUUUCCAUAUCGGCGUUAUAAGAGUUUUAUCGAGGGCGAAUUCAAGCAGCAUGAUGGCAACAUGGAGGCAGGCCUUAAACGUAUGUCCGUAGGAUUUGUGUACUUAAUUGUUAGCCAAAUUGGUGCCGUAUAUUUCCCGAACUCCUAUUUCCUUUCGGAUGAAUAUACGCAGGUGUCAUAUUUUUGGCGUCUAGCCUACUUGGGCGUGUGGGCGAAAGUGGCAAUUUACAAGUAUGUGGCCUGCUGGCUGCUAACGGAGGGUGCGCUCAUAAUGUUGGGCAUAUCCUAUGCGGGCAAAAAGGAAAAUGGCGAACACGAUUGGUCUGGUUGUUCUAAUGUAAAUCUGAUCAUAUUGGAGACCGGCUACACUAUGCAACAUUAUGUGCAUUCAUUCAAUAUUAAUACAAAUCAAUGGCUUGGACAAUAUGUUUAUAAGCGACUUAAAUUUCUUAAUAAUCGCACGAUUAGUUAUGCUGCAGCUUUGGGUUUCUUGGCUGUGUGGCAUGGCUUCCACAGCGGCUACUACAUGGCUUUCCUCAAUGAAUACAUGACAGUGACGGUGGAGAAACAAUUUGCCAGCGUCUGGGCGAAAACCAAUAUUGACAUGUACGCUGAUAUCGUUAGUCCACCAUUUGUUUACCCAGCACUUAAGUACUUCGUUCAAAAACUUUACGACCUCUUCGUUAUCGGUUGGUGCAUGACACCCUUUAUCUUGCUAAGCUACUCACGUUGGAUGAAGGCAUAUAGCGCGGUGAAUUAUUUUGUGUUGAUUGGUGUGAUUGUUUGGACAAUUUUCUAUCAAACAUACAAAUACUAUGCACGUGCCGCAAAACGACGUGAGCAAGAUUCAACCUUUGGACGUGCAACAACACUUUCGCCAACAAUUAAUGCUGACGCACAUGAUAAAAGAGAUUAGUAAAAGUACUUAACAAACAUUAGUUGUUAAAAAGCGUCAGAACAAGCGUUGUGUAAUAGUGAAAUUUGUAAAAAUCUAUAUAGCUACUAAUUUUUUAUAAGCACUAAUGUCAUAACUGUGCAAGUGAAAAGGCUGUUAAGAAAGUGAAAUUUGCUAAGGACAUAUUUUUUUAUAAAAACGUUUUGAAGUUUGUCGUGUGUUAUGCGCGUAACGGAUGCGCCAAAAUUUCAUUAUUGUGUAACAAAGAUAAAUAAACAAAACAAAAAACAGCUGUUACAGUGCGAAAUUGUAAUGCAUACUAAGCUAAAUUUUCGUUUUCAAAUUCAUAAAAACUAUUUGAGUAAACAAACGUGUUACAGUUUUACAUUUAAGUAAAUUUUUCAUACUAUUUUAGUAAACAAAAGUGUUACAUUUACACAUUUAACUAAAUUUUUCAUAAAACGCUGUUGCCUUUCGAUUCUUACAAAAAAUAUGUACUUUUGAAUUUAUGCAGCUACAUACAUUACAGCCUUCUAGUCAGUAGUUAUUUUUUUUAAUU